AUGAGCGUUAUCUCCAAGUUUGAGCCUUUAGUUGACAUCACUAUUUUUCUGAACCGGCCUACCGACGUCCGAGAUUUGAAAGAGUUAGUAAACAGGCGGAUCAAGGAGACCAGCGACCAGCGGACUCGGCUGAUGCAGCUUGCCAUGCCGACCCCUCCCGGCAUGGUGCGCACUGAUAUGAUUCCAAUUCGCUUGGAAGGCCUGUCAUACAAGCCUGGGGCGAGCGGAGAACUUUUUCACAAUGUGGAUCUAUCUGUCGAGCAAGGCAAGCUGGUCGCCUUGCAAGGCGAACAUCGAUCAGGAAAGACGAAGCUGAUCCGACUCAUGGCUGGUGGAAUAACUCCCACUACUGGCAAAGUGAUCAUGCCCUCGCAUUUGCGCUGCCUGCUGGUUACACACCAGGUCCUGUUGAUGGAUGCCUCUCCUUUGCAGAACCUGUUCUUCGGUGAUCCUCUCGCUGUCGCAAAUCCAGAAGAGCGACAUCGGGCGUUGUGGAUUCUGGAUAAGCUCCGGAUGAUGCGAACCCGAGAGGUUGCUGAACAGGAGAUCGAAAUUUUGCAGGAGCCUCUCUCGGAUGAGGAGCAGGUAGACCCUGGCUGUUGCAGCAAAAGUGGGAAGGUAGAACCGCUACCCGCCCAUGCACAAUGGUUGCCACCAGAUGGUAGCCGGCGAGCGCAAGAACUGCAGUUAGAGUUGCGAGGUUGGCAAGACUCCCUGUCCUUCCAGGAAAAGGCGAAGCUGCACAUCGCGCGUGCCCUGAUUGUGAAUCCCGAAAUUCUGAUUCUCGAGAAGCCGCUGAUGAACUUCGAUGAACGAGAGUCUCAGCUGGUGCAAGGCGUCCUCAGGGAGUACGUCUCCAAUCGAGGAGUCGCGCUAUCCGCUGACUCCCGGGACAGUCGAAGGCCGCGGACUUGCUUCUACACUGCCGAGAGGGAGGAUGCCAGCCAGACUGAUGUGGUUUGGAAGUGCGGUGCUGGCACCGUGGUUGCCGAGAAACCCUGGGCACAAGCCCAAACACCCAAAAAGGGUGAGAAGCAGAUGUCAUCGCCGAAGUCUUCGCAAUCUGUAAAGACUGCAGAGUGUCCGCGGCGUAAAGGAGGCUCUGACAGCAAGGAGGAGCGGGAGAAGUCGGUGACCCUCUCCUACUCCGAAACUGCGGAAGAGGAGCAGUCCAUCUCCAUCAUCCGAACUGUGUCAAGCGGGACUGCAGCACGUUUGCUGGAUGAGUUGGAGGAUGAAAGGCGGCGCGGCGACGGAAACGAGGGUCUCGAAGGUUUGGACGAAGGUUCGACGAGCGAACGUAGCACGGUCUCCGAGGCGGAGGCGGCUCCGGGCAUUGGGGUCCAAGAAGCCGCGAGCGGUAUCAGCCAGGCCGACCCGCCCACGGACCAGGAGAUGCCCGGGACGAUGGAUUCUGACUCUCGACCCUCGUGUAUGUGGAGUGGUCCACCGUCGGUUCCGCCCCCGCUGCCGAAACGGUCGAGUCCUUUGGCUCCCAUCGGCACAGCAGUUGCCGACGCGCCCGAUGAGUCAUCCAUGUGGAGGCCGCAGACCUUUGAGUCUCCUCUGGUCCAGCGUGCCGCCACUGGCGGCUGCAGUGUGUAUCGAACUCCGUCUUUGCCCAGUCGUUUGGAGCCUGCUUCACCAGCGCCUUCCGUUUUGACAUCGCCUGGCAUCGGGGAGGCGCUUCCGUACUCCAUGGGGCGCCGCAGGGUUGGCAGUCACGACAUGAGCUCUUCCAGCUUGUUCACACGCCAGAUGUCGAUCGAGUCUUACUCAACCGAAAGGGAGCCCAGCUCAUCAGCCACCCCCGCAGCGCUCUUCCCGAGCACGCCGGACUUCUGCCCAAGCCCUGCAGGAAGCUUCAUGCUGCCGCCUCUGCAGCCAGUGCCUCCCGCGAGUUACCCUGUAGGGCUGCGAGACCCGCUCCCGGCACCGGCCUUGCGAGCAGAAGUCUCGCCCCUCUGUCCCGGCGCCGGCAUGAUGCGGGUACAAGUCAAAGAGGGGGAGAUGACGAAGACCAUCUACACGCACAUCAUGGAGCAAAAGUAUGACAAGGCCGUGAAGAUUCUCAACCAGCAGCUUCAGUUCUUCCCGGAGAGCCGCUGUGCUUUGUCAUUGCUCGGAUACUGCUACUACCACAUGCAAGACUUUGCCAGUGCUGCAGACAUCUACGGUCAGCUUGUGCAAGUCGUUCCGGAGAUCGACGAGUACAAGAUUUACCAUGUCCAGAGCCUGAUCAAGGCAGGCUUGUACGAGGAGGCCAGCCAGGCGUGUACUUCCGUGGAGUCGCCGGAGUACACAGAGCGGGUUCUGAUGCUACAGGCCACGAUCUCCUACGAACAGGAAGAGACGCAAUUGGCUCGCAGCAUCCUGGAUCAAUGCCAUCCAGACUCUGAGGAGAGGCAGGUCUUUGAGGGAGCACUGCUUUGGAAAGAGAAGCGGUACGCAGAAGCUAUGAAGCUGUUCAAUGAUGCGAUAACUAGCACCGGCUACCAGGCAAGCCUUGCAUACAACAUCGCCCUUUGCUACUAUAGCUCCAAGCAGUACGGCCCGGCGCUCAAGCACAUCGCCGAGAUCAUCGAGCGUGGUGUCCGGGAUCAUCCGGAGCUGUCUGUGGGAGCUUUGUCAGAAGGCGACCUCAAAGCUCGGAGUGUCGGGAACACGUCCGUGCUGCGGGAAACGGCCUUGAUUGAAGCUUUCAAUCUGAAGUCGGCAAUAGAGUACAUGACAAAGAACAUGGAAGCCGCGAAGGACGCGUUAGCUGAUAUGCCACCUCGCGAUGAGUCGGAACUCGACCCGGUCACACUCCACAACCAGGCCCUCAUCGAGAUGGACGAGAAGCCGACCGAAGGCUUCCGCAAGCUUAACUUUCUGCUUAACCAGCAGCCAUCGCCACCAGAGACUUUUGUAAACCUGCUCCUGCUGUAUUGCAAGUACAGUUACUAUGACCUGGCCGCUGACAUUCUGGCAGAGAAUGCUGAGCUGACCUACAAGAAUAUGAAGCCUGAGGAUUACGAGUUUUUGGAUGCGCUGAUAUUGGGCCAGUCUUCACCUGAAGAAGCGUACCGGCGCUUCGAUGAGCUGUCUGCAAAGCACGUGGAGAUGUUGCGGAAAGGAACUAAAAACAUCCAGGACGCGAGAAGGCAGCGGGAUCAAACCCAGGUGAAGAAGUACCUAGCCGAGUUCGAUGAUGCGCUGGCGAAGUACAUACCGGUGCUGAUGGGCCAGGCCAAGAUCUAUUGGGAGUUGGAGAAUUACUCCAUGGUGGAGAAAAUCUUCCGCCAGUCUGCUGAAUUCUGCAGUGAAGAUGAGUCCUGGAAGCUGAAUGUGGCCCACAUCUUCUUCAUGCAAGAAAAAUUCAAGGAGUGUAUCCGCUACUAUGAGCCGUUCGUGCGAAAGCACAACGACGACCUGUUGAACGUGACGGCGAUCAUCCUGGCCAAUCUUUGCGUGGCGUAUGUCAUGACCUCGGCUAACGAGGAGGCUGAGGAACUGAUGAGACUGGUGGAGCGUGAGGAGGAGAAGGUGAAGGACCCGUCGAAACCGGUCUACCACCUGUGCAUUAUCAAUUUGGUGAUUGGAACGCUCUACUGCACGAAGGGCAACUUUGAGUUCGGUAUCAGCCGAAUCAUCAAGUCCCUGGAGCCAUACGACAAAAAGAUCGGCGUCGACACAUGGUACUAUGCCAAGCGAUGUAUGCUGGCUCUUGCGGAGACGCUGGCGAAGAACAUGGUCGUGCUCAACGACGAAGUCUUCGACGACAUCAUAGCCUUCCUAGAUUCAGCAGAUCAAGUUGGGAAAAACAUCGGCACGACCAUCAAUGUGGUCGAGGCCGCCAAUGAAGAUGCAGCGAGCAAGCGCACGGUUUCGCAAGAAGCACGCAUGAUCAAGCGCUUCUUCCUGAAACUCAGGGGUCACCGCAGACCUCUGAGACUGGGGUAUUUCCGGUUUCACCCACAAAUACGCAAAGCUAACGAGGCAGAUGAGGGCCGAGCACCAGAGCCCUGCCAGGUCAUUUACGUCCCGGUGUUCAUGCCACACAGAUGCAGGAUCUGUGGACACGAGUGCCAACUAUCCGAGAUGCCGCAGGAGUUGCCGCGUCCCAGCACGAAUCCGACCUUUGGCAGCUGGCUUCCCAGUAUUCUUCCAUCGACAUCGCGCUAUUGGAUGCUUGGGAGAGCGGCUGCAGCAAUUUUGCCGCCAUCCGCUCCGACUCGACCGAUUGCAGAGCCAGUUCCACUGAUCGUGAGGCAUAUUGAGGAUCCCUCAGCCAAAAUCCUGCAGACGCCUAUAGGAGAUGGGCUCUUGAACCGGAUAUCUCCUGUGAGCGAUGCCUUAGUGCCAUUGUGCCCUCUCCAGUGCGCUCGGCCGCCACACAAGCACCGGAAGACUCAGGGCUUGGAGGAGAGGUGGUGGCUGGAGUACGAUCCGCCCAAAGCAAACUACAAGAGUGGUUUCGGUCGAGGUCCGUUUGGUGGCAACAGUAUUCCGAAGCAGAACUGGCCACGACAGAUGGUGCCCAUCGAGCUUAAAAAGAAGUGGGAGAAGCGCGAAAGAUUGCGCUAUGCUUUUCGCAAGCACGGCUUCGAAUUGGAUGUUCCGAAGCUGGGGGGCUGA